CGGGCUCAAGACGGCACGGGGCGGAGCAGGGCAGAGCUGCCGGCGGGCGCGGGGAUCUUCAGGGCCAUGGCCACGGCCGUGACACGACGGCGCGCCGAACGGCAGCGGACGCUGUGGGUGGCCCUGUGCCUCCUGCACCUCCUACUGGCUGCCGGCGCGCAGGCUGCCGACCACCCUGGCAACGCCGCAGCAGUGAACACCACCGUCGCUAGCUCCACCGCCGGCUCCGCCACCAGUUCCGCGCUCCCCGCCGCCCCGGUGAAGCGCGCCUCCGUGCCCCCGGGGUGCAGGACGUUCUACGCGCAUGGCACCGCGCGCCCGGACAAGGACGGCGAGGAGUACACCGUCCAGCUGCUGUGGCGGGAGCACGCCGUGCCGGACGCCGCCGGCCGGUGGACGCUGGCCGUGAACGUGACCGCCACGGAGGACGCGCGCGUCAUGCUGAGCAGCGCGGCCAGGGUGCUGCCCGGCCAACCCCGCUACGAACUUGUCCUCGGUGCGCACGCCAACGAGUCCAAGCUCUUGGUGCACGCCGACCAUCACAUCCGCGGCAGCCCGUCGCCCGUAGCGCCCCUGCUCCACCAGCCUCUGUUCGAGGCGGGGAGCCUACAGCUGUGGCUGCGCUGGAGGACGGACGAAGCGGCCGACGGCAACAAGACGGGCCGGCUGGAGGUGGAGGCGCAGCCGGCCGACGCCUCAGCGAAGCUCACCCUCUUCACCUACGAGACGACGCAGCCCCUGCAGGUGGAAGCCUUCAGCUUCGGCAGCACGCGGCCCGGCGACGUGGCCUUCACCGUGUGCAAGGCGUGCACGGCCAGGGAGGGCGGCGAGGCCGGGGGCAGCGAGCACGCAGCCGCAGACCACGGCCUGGGAGUGCCCGGCUGCCGCUCGCUGCUGCUGCACAAGACCGGCCUGCUUCACACGCACACCCUGGCCGCGGGCUGGGCCGACAUCGCGGACGGCCACGGCCGCCUGCAGUUCUGGGCGCGCGCGUCCACCGACGUGGAGGUGCUCGUGUCCGAGCGGCUGCACUCGCGGCGCGGCGAGGCGGUCCACCACGUCGUCUUCGGCGGCGACUUCAACACCAAGACCUGGGUGACGGCGAUGGUGGGGCGCGCCGCCGUCACCAGCACGCCCACGCUGCUGUCGGACUCGCAGUUCCGGCCGCUGUGGGUGUCCGUGCCGCCGCACGGCCGAGGCGUGGUCAAGGCGGGCACCGGCGACGUGCACCACCACAACAGCACGCGCGAGACGGGCCAGGCGCGCGAGCUCAUCUCCUGGGCCAACCCCAACGCCCCCGCCGCCCCCAACUUCGUCACCUUCGCCACGUACAGGAACCGGCUGGUGCACGUCCUCAUCGACUGCGACAAGUCGCCCUCGCUGCCAGCGGUAAAUCAGUCCGAGUCCGAGGUCGGCCUGCUUGAGGCAGUCCGGGGCUCGGUGGCCGCGGCCUUCGCCUCGCCGCGCGCGCCGCACUCCGCGGCGCCGACCUUGCAGAUGGACAUCGAGAGGCUGGCCGUGCACAACGGCUCCGUGACGGCGACCGGGACGCUCAUGCAGGAGUGGCAGUACGGGAACGACACGGGCAUUGCGUGGAACCCGGCCUGGUUCCGAGGGAUGCUCAAAUCCCAGUAUUGGCUCGCGGAUAUGGAAGAGGUGCUGGAUAAUAAUGCCAUUUCAGAUCUCAUGGUUGUCAGUUCGGCGAGUGGAGGCAAAAGUUGGUUGAAAUUGGUCCCUGGACCCAUUCAGGUGAAUUAUGAUAAAAAAAUUUCUUUGAAUUUUCAUCUGCAUUUAAAACUGCCUUGUAAACAUGACGAAAAUCAAGAUACAUUGUCUUGCUCCAUUAUGGCAACACUUAAUUCCAAAUCUAAUAGUUGCAUUGAAAUUUCCACUUGUAGUGUUGACCAAAAGUGGAAUGUUGAUUGGAAUGUAGUAGAAUUAUCAAAAGAUUGUGGGAAAUGUAAUCUAAGCUUGACAGUAAGAACAAAAUAUCACAAUCAAGAAAAGUAUAGACUGUCACCUCAAUCCACUUUUGACACUGGGAUUUUACAGUGGAUAAAUAUUUUUUUAACAGUACUGGCUCUCAUCACUCUUUGCAUAGAAUACCAUCCUCAGAGCAGUAAAGUAGAUUCUUUUCUUUCCUUACCUAAAAAAAUAAUUCGUAAAUUUUCAAAAUUCUAUCAUCAGGACUUUCAAGAUGAAACGUGCAUUGUUGCCUAUGAUGGUGGUGCAGCUCACAUUUAUGAAGCUGAAGAUUCUGAUGAUUUGAAUACUGAUGAUGACAAAAGGAACAAAUUUAAACCACAACCAGCCAAACAGAUUUACUCAGUAUUCCAGCAACAAAAAGUUCCAAUUGCCCUCUUAAUACUUAGUGUCUGUCUAGCAGUCAUAGAUCUGUUUACAAAACUUUAAACUUAAUAUAAAAGCCCUUGAAACAUU